AUGGUUUGCCAAAUCCGCCGUCCAAACGUUUUUAACCAGGUCGGAAUUACACCCGCUUUCGUUCCGCCCAUUCGCGUCACAUAUUUUAAUCGACGAGGGUUCGACGCCCGCACUGUUUCGCAGACGAUAUAUGACGGGCUGCUGUUCCUGCCCAUCGCCGUUGCGAUUAAGACCAAGAUUUUCCAAGGCGAUAAGAAUUACGGUUUGGUUUAG